UUUUCAUGUACUUGACGCAACGUUUGCCGAGUUGAACUCAAUGAGUCAAUGAGUUCAGCUUCAAGUCAUUUACAGCCGGGAACCUUCGGGCCGGACGGCGUCGGGAUCAUCCUGUGUGUGUGGAUUGUAGAAAAACCUUCUCUCAUCGUAGCACUGGCCAUCGCUGACCCGCGUUUCGUCUCGAUCAAUUGACUAGAUGGGUUGUUAUGUUGGCUAUCCCGUCAGAAUGCACUUGCUGACGCUGUGUCCCCACACUCUUGUUAGCAGCUUCCAGACCUGGCCUCGAAUGCAAUGAGUCGAGCGUGAAAAAUUGCAGUCGAAGCCGCGCAAUGGGCAUUCUCAGAAGUGUUGACUUCGUCUCAUUUUCAAGAAAAAAUCCCACCGCCUUUCGCACGGAGUAACGCUGGCAGCCAGGCUUGAUGUGGCCACUUGGUGGCCAGUCUGGCCACUCUCCAGUGGCUCUGGAGACUCUCCAGCACGGUAGCCACCGCCGCAGCCCGCUUGUGCACCCGACCUAAUCGGCUCAUUUUCGGAUUCGACAGCUAAAGACCCAGUUCCUCGCUAAACCCCUUAGUUAUCAUGGCUGGCACCACUACAACAAGUCUAAAGACCUCCAAGAUGGGCCCUCGACGACGCUCACGAUCUGAAGGGUGCACCAACGCUGCCGAGGAGCUUCAAGCGUCGCUCGCCCGUUUCUCUAUGACGGAGCUGUACGUACGAACGUCCGACGGUGUGGUCUUCCAGGACGAGGAAUUCCAGCGCGAGAUUGUCGCUAAGGCCGAGCGACUGGUUGAGACCGCUUUGAGCCCCGAAAGCUCGGAGCGAAACGCGCUGAUCGCUAAGAAGGCGCUCAAGUACCGCGAAAUGCGCUCUCGACGACCAAACGGUGCAACGCGAUCCCCGGUAGUUCCACUGCGAAUGCAGAGCUGCCCCAUUUCGACUGGACCAUAGAGAACCAAACGACAAGGAACACGAUGGCGAUGGAAAUAUCGCCAAUUCUUCUCAAACUAUAGACGCCUACAUCACCAGAGUAAAAUAUUUUAAGUAACAAGUUUUUUUUUUAGUUUUGAACAAUCGAUAAACAUUUCAAAAGUGUUAUUAAACUUGUUGAACAAGCACAA